GUCUAAUCUGAGUUUUCUCUCUUGAUUAAUUCUCUCUCUCUCUCUCUCUGGAACAGAAAUUGCUAUAGUUCUUAUGGGAGUCAGUGGAGCCGGAAAAUCUACAAUAGGCGAGAUGCUGGCAAAGAAGACAAAUUUCAUCUUCAUUGAUGCAGAUGAUUUCCAUCCCAAUUCAAACAAAGAAAAGAUGAAGAAUGGGAUCCCUCUUUCAGAAGAAGAUAGAAUCCCAUGGCUUGAAACACUUCGAAAUGUCUUAAGACAAAGUUUAGAAGAUAAGAAAAGCGUAAUUCUCGGUUGUUCGGCGCUGCAAAAGCAAUAUAGGGAGAUUCUUAGAUCGGCUGAUCCGAACUAUGUGCCACAAAGCUAUGUCAGCAGCACUGUCAAGUUUGUUCUGUUGGAUGCUACGGCUGAGGUGCUUGCGGCACGGUUAGAGAAGAGAGCUGCCCAAGGAAAGCAUUUCAUGCCCUCUACCUUUUUAAAAUCACAGUUGGAGUUGCUUCAGAUUGAUGAUUUAGAGAGUAUAUCAAAGGAUACUCAAAAGAGAUUGAACGUUUGGGAUUGUAAAAUUGAUAAUGUAAAGGCAUUGUUUGUAACUUAUAUUACUUUGUUGGGCAAGUUAAGUGAUUGUGGUGAGUUAGAAACUAUGAAAGAAAUUUGGGAUGAAAUGGAAGCUGAUGGUUUUGCUCCUGAUGCAAUGUCGACAAAGCCUUUGAACUCUGGAAGUGAUGAAAGAGAAAGACGUGAAGAAGCAAUGCUUUUCUUUGAGGAGAUGGCAGAGUAUGGAUGCAAACCUAACCGUGCAAUUUUCAAUUUUCAAUAG